GGGAUAGUUUAUACAUAGACGAGGGCACACAGACAGACAGAAAGGGUAAGGUUUCGUUAGUUUAGAGCAUUUCAGUCUUAUCGUCUCGCUCUGAUCUCAAUUUGGCAUUGCAAACAUGGCUGUUUCCGCCAUCACGGGACCAAGGCUUACACUUGGAACAUCCCUUUCCACUCCCAAACGACCUCGAGCUCCUUCGAUCACAAUGGCCGUAUCCGUUGACAAGAAGUCCGACAUAAAUCUCACUCUUCGCAAGUCCGAGGAAGCUUUCGCUGCUGCCAAGGAAUUGAUGCCUGGAGGGGUGAAUUCCCCAGUUCGUGCCUUCAAAUCUGUAGGUGGCCAACCAAUUGUGAUCGAUUCGGUGAAAGGGUCUCAUAUGUGGGACAUUGACGGCAACGAGUAUAUUGACUACGUGGGUUCCUGGGGUCCUGCAAUUAUUGGUCACGCCGAUGAUCAGGUGCUUGCAGCUCUUGCUGAAACGAUGAAGAAAGGAACAAGCUUUGGAGCACCCUGUUUGCUGGAAAACACUUUGGCGGAACUGGUUAUCUCUGCGGUUCCCAGCAUUGAAAUGGUUAGGUUCGUUAAUUCGGGAACUGAGGCCUGCAUGGGUGCUCUUCGCUUGGCCCGUGCUUACACUGGCAAAGAGAAGAUAAUAAAGUUUGAGGGGUGUUACCAUGGUCAUGCCGAUCCCUUUCUUGUUAAGGCUGGUAGUGGAGUUGCCACCUUAGGACUUCCUGAUUCUCCUGGGGUUCCCAAAGCUGCUACUUAUGAAACUCUCACCGCCUCUUAUAAUGAUUCUUCUGCAGUUCAGAAUCUUUUUGAGGCUAACAAGGGAGAGAUUGCUGCAGUUUUCCUUGAACCUGUAGUUGGAAAUGCUGGUUUCAUAGUUCCUACACCUGAUUUUCUUGGUUUCUUGAGAAAAAUCACCAAGGAGAACAAUGCCCUUCUUGUGUUUGAUGAAGUCAUGACUGGAUUUCGUUUGUCAUAUGGAGGAGCUCAAGAAUAUUUUAGCAUAACACCGGAUUUAACGACUCUAGGGAAAAUCAUUGGUGGGGGUCUGCCAGUGGGUGCUUAUGGAGGGAGGAGGGAUAUUAUGGAGAUGGUGGCGCCGGCUGGACCGAUGUACCAGGCUGGGACCUUGAGUGGGAAUCCUUUGGCCAUGACUGCGGGCAUACACACCCUGCAGCGAAUUAAGGAGCCAGGAACUUACAAGUACUUGGACAAGAUUACAGGGGAACUUGUUCAAGGUAUCAUUGAAGCUGGGAAGAGGGCAGGGCAUGCAAUCUGUGGUGGGCAUAUAAGUGGGAUGUUUGGGUUUUUCUUCACAGAAGGACCUGUGUACAAUUUUGCAGAUGCCAAAAAGAGUGACACUGCCAAGUUUGCUAGGUUCUUCUGGGGAAUGUUAGCAGAAGGUGUGUAUUUGGCACCUUCGCAGUUUGAGGCUGGGUUCACCAGCUUGGCACAUACUUCUGAUGACAUAAAAAAGACAAUAGCCGCUGCAGAGAAGGUUUUCAGGGAGAUCUGAAUGUUAAAAUUUUGUCUCGUUGCAAAUGUAGCUUUUGAAAGGGAAUGGUUUGUAGUUUUGUAGGUCAAUUUAGAUUAUUGUGUUCUGGCAGCUGCUUUUGCUAUACAACCUGUAUCAUUUUCGCAUCUGAUCCUGUAUCUACUCAGUGUAUUAUUUAGCUUAAGCUAUUAGUCUCUUGAAUUUGAAGCAUGUAAGCAUUUGAAUUCAUUGUUUUACUCUUAAUAUUCUUGUUUCUACAUGUUAUCUUUCUCAUGCAUUAUAUAUCAAUAUACACUACCACUUUGACUUUGCGGGGGAGGGGGUU